ACUCCUCUGUGCCUCCAUAAUGUCCCUCUUUCCCUCCCGUUCACUGCACGUCUAGUACAGAGCUAUACUCAAAUGCAUCAUACAGACUCAAACCUCUUCUAUUCUAAGGACUCUUUCCAUUUCUGUCUAAAGGAAAUCUUCUGAAUAUGUUUCACUAGGUAAGAAUUUGGAGUUCCGUCCAUAUCAACCUCAAACUGCAGACUCUUUAAAAAUACUUGCCCUGAUGAUUUCAUGUGGGAAACUUUCCCAGCAAAACAACUCUGUUCUGGGACUCGUCACUGGAUCGGACUCCUUUGCUGCAUUACUCAGUCAAAAGCGAAAACUUUCUCACGAGGAACAGUUGGUUGUUCAUCCAGGAAGACUUCAACAUCACUGUUUGUUUUGGAACAGGAACAGAACCGGACUGUUUUCUGGCUGUGAGUCAUAGUGUAACAACAUGGGGAUUGUAUUUUGGACGUUUUCUCUCCUGACACUUCCAGUGUUGCAGUCUGCAAAGAUUCUGACUAUCUGCCUUAUUGGAGGAAGCCACUACUUGUUAUUGGAUGAAAUUUCUCAUAGCUUACACCAGCAUGGCCAUGAGGUCCGCAUGCUCUUGCAGCUGGGGACCCCUGUUAUCACAGGUUUCUCCUAUGAAGGACGUGCAGACAGUUACCAGAGGAGCACCUGGUCCUUAGGAGAGAAGUACAUCAACGAAUUCAAUUCCUAUUUCUUGGAGCAGCAAACACAGUAUUUACUGGGAAGGGAUAACUUUAAUGAAUUUUUAACCUUCAUGGGACACCUGUCAUAUCAGUGUGAUAAGCUGUUAGAGGACAAAGAGAUCAUAACUUUCCUCCAGAGGCAACGCUUUGACAUCACCAUCCUUGACGCUUUUAACCCCUGUUCCUUCAUCCUGGCCCGCAGACUUGGUGUCCAAUAUAUAGCUUUCUAUCCUGGCGCGCUGAACGGUCCUCUGUCCAUCGUGCUUCCCAGCCCUAUCUCAUACAUCCCCGUCUUCCACUCCCAGCUGUCCAACCACAUGAACUUCUGGGGUCGUGCGAAGAACCUCCUUUAUUCUUUGCUGGCUCCUGUAGGCCAAGAACUUGUUUGGUCAAAAUUUAGGGAAGUCGCUGAGCACCACCUUGAGUCAGGCUCACCCCCUGGUGGACUGGAGGAGUUACACCGAGGAGCUCAACUUUGGGCUUUCAACACCGACUUUUCACUGGAGUUUCCUCAGCCUCUUAUGCCCUACACUGUGUUGGUUGGAGGUCUACUGAACAAACCAGCGAAACCUCUGGAGCAGGAGCUUGAGUUGUGGAUCUCAAGUUUUGGCGAGGCAGGUUUCAUCGUUGUGACUCUGGGAUCGAUGGUCUCCUCAGUCUCUGUGGACCUUCUGCUUGUGGAGCUGGUGGCAGGCUUCUCCAUGAUUCCUCAGGGGGUCAUUUGGAGGUAUGAUCCCAAGCGAUGGCCACCUGGCCUGGACAAACCUCCCAAUGUCAAGUUAGUAGAUUGGCUGCCUCAAAAUGAUCUGCUGGGCCACGAAAAUGCCCGUCUCUUCAUUACACAUGGUGGACAAAACAGCCUGCUGCAGGCAGUGUACCAUGGUGUUCCUGUGCUGGGAAUUCCUCUGUUUGGAGACCAGUUUGAUAAUGUGGUAAAAGCCAAAUCAAAAGGGCUCGGCCUCAGCAUCAGCCCCACAGACAUCACCAGGGAACUGCUCCACUCUACUAUUAAAACACUCAUACAUGACAUCAGGUUCAAAUCUACAGCACUGUCCAUGAGCAAGAUACACAGAUCCCAUCCUGUCGCUCCAGCCCUCCGACUCAUUCAGUGGGUAGAGCACAUCCUGCACAGUGGAGGUGGAGAUCAUCUACUUCCCACUUCACUGUCACAACCGUGGUACCAGAGAUGCCUGUUGGACGUGAUGCUUCUUCUCUUUCUGGGACUUCUUGUACCUGUAGUUCUCUGCUGGGCUUUGUGUAGGAACAAGAGGAGCAGAGAUAAACAGAAGAAAUUACAGUAGCAGCUCUAAGUGUUUCCUCGCACAAACAUCAGUUUGUCAUAUACUGUAAUAUACUGUGUGUAAAUACGAUGCAAUCUGUGAAGUGUCUCUUCUGAAUUUGACCCCCCACAGAAAAACGUGUUAAUAAUCACCAUUUUUGAAUGAAUAAAAAAGCCACUAAGUGUUUAAAAAUGUUA